ACAUUAUCGUUCACUACUAGCUAAGCAAAAUCAAGCUACAUCCACACCUUAGUCUUCUUCUAAACCUCAAAGUAUAAAGAUUUGAUAUCAGUAUCAUGGGUGUUUUUACUUUCUCCGAAGAGAACAUCUCCGCUGUUGCCCCUGCCACGCUCUACAAGGCUCUCGUCUUUGAUGGUGACAACCUCAUCCCUAAAGUUGUCGACGCCGUCCAGAGCGUCGACAUCCUCGAAGGAACCGGUGGCCCUGGAACCAUCAAGAAGAUCAAUUACCUCGAAGGAGGACAGUUGCACUACGCAAAGCACAAGGUGGAAGCGGUGGACAAAGACAACUUCGUAUACAACUAUACCUUAGUGGAGAGCGACACUUUCCCUGAGACAUUGGACAAGAUCGCCGUUGAGACCAAGUUGGCAGCAGCUCCUAACGGUGGCUCCGUCGUUAAGGUGACGGUUAAUUACGUGACAAAGGGAGACGUGAAGCCCAGCGAAGAAGAGCUCAAGAUUGGGAAGCAGAAGGGAGAUGGACUCUUCAAGGCCGUUGAGGCUUACCUCUUGGCCAAUCCCUCUUACAACUGAAUUCUCAGACAUUAAUAUCAAGAUAAUAAAAUUGAGGUGCCUAUAAUUCGACACCUUAAUUAACAAGUGCUCUUAAGCAUAGAACCAAAAAUCAAGUCAAUCUGGUUCAUGAAACUGGUAUAAUUAUUGAACCAGCAGUAUCUUCACUGGUUCUACAAAAUGUUUUGUUCAUGUCAAUUUUACUAUGGUUUGACUAUGAUCAGUUCAAUGAUCAACCUGAAUUUUAGUAACACGCUGCAAAUAAUAAGUCUGUGGGAUCCCCAAACAGUUGAUAAAAUGUUGAUGAGCUUAUUAAGGUUUUUAAUUUCUAUCAAAUCUUUGAGGGGGUAAUUUGUGUAUGUUUCCUUCAAUUUCUUAAGGAAUAAGAUUAUGUUUUGGAA